AUGCCGCCCUGGGCCCGUCCGCUGCCCGGACUUGCCUGGCCGUCUCCUGGACGUGUCGUCCAUCCCCCGGCCCUGGACCCCCUGCCCCAUGGUCCCCCUCCUUGCUCUCUGGACUCCUCCUGGCUCUCGUCUGGAUCAUCUCCUCCUCUGGCUUCUGCACCUGGCUCCUGUCGCUCUUGGCUGGCUGGCCCCUGCUCGUGGCCUCCCCCCGUUGGACUCUCCCGCUGGACACUGCGUCCCCAGGGCUCCUUUGACUCUUGGACUCUGGCCCUGGGCCUGCGCCUGGAUCUGUGGCUCCGUGGUGGACCUGGAUUCACACCCCCACGUUUGCCUUGGUGGAUUCAGUGA